GGGGCGCAAUGGGCGGUGCCGCCCGUCCCGGAACAGAGGAGCCGCCCGCGCCGCUAGUUCCGCUUCCGCUUCCCGGGACCCCACCGGAGCCGCCGUCAGCGCCGCCAUGACCGCCACGCUGCGCCCCUACCUGAGCGCGGUGCGCGCCACGCUGCAGGCCGCGCUCUGCCUGGAGAACUUCUCGUCGCAGGUGGUGGAGCGGCACAACAAGCCCGAGGUGGAAGUCAGGAGCAGCAAAGAGCUGCUGCUGCAGCCCGUGAUCAUCAGCCGGAACGAGAAGGAGAAGGUGCUGAUCGAGGGGUCCAUCAACUCGGUGCGGGUCAGCAUCGCCGUGAAGCAGGCUGACGAGAUCGAGAAGAUCCUCUGCCACAAGUUCAUGCGGUUCAUGAUGAUGAGAGCCGAGAACUUCUUCAUCCUGCGCAGGAAGGCCGUGGAGGGCUACGACAUCAGCUUCCUGAUCACGAACUUCCACACGGAGCAGAUGUACAAGCACAAGCUGGUGGACUUCGUGAUACACUUCAUGGAGGAGAUCGACAAGGAGAUCAGCGAGAUGAAGCUGUCCGUCAAUGCCAGGGCUCGCAUUGUGGCGGAGGAGUUCCUCAAAAACUUUUAGACCAUGGUGCUGGACUCCACGGCUUCACGUUCUCAUUCUCUCCUGCGUCUCUGCACAGCCGCCCUGCCAGGCUGGGGGGCCGCAGCCU